AUGUCAGGGUCUAUUUCCUCUGUCUUAUGUGUACACCCUUCUUCCACAAAUAAACACUACACUGUUGUGAACGAUACCACUGUGGAGUUAAAAGGGGAUGAGUCAAGGAGGGUGGUGGUAGAUGAUGUCCUGGAGAAAGCAACUGGUGCUGCUGUUUGGAAUUCUGUUGGUGAGCAUGCAUUACAGGCGGUUUCAACAGGUAAACAAGUAGUUGUCUUUGUGAGUGGUUCUACUGGGAGUGGCAAAACACAAAUAGUUCGUGGUAACGCUGAAAAUCUUAAUGAUGGACUUAUUAUUUGUGUAUUAGAAGCAGUAGCAAGAGUGGGAGAGUCCACCUUGUGCUUGGUUCGUGUUCAUAACGAUACUGUUCAGGACUUGUUUACAAAUGCAGACAACCUAAAGCUUAAGCAGGAGGAAGGAGGUACUGUCGUUGUGAAUGGGGCAACCAUUAUGCGGGUAAAUUCCGUUGAUGAAGGAGUACAGCACAUCAAAAGUUGUUUUUCCAGGUGGAAAGAUAUCUUCACUUCAAAUCCAUCAGUAGAGGCUAAUUCCUUCCUUGUGGCGUUUCUUAAGUGUAACGGAGGUGGUUGCAUCACUGUUCUGGAAUCUUGUGGAACUGAGGGAUUUCUCAAUAUUUCUGGUUCAAUAACACCAGAAAUAUUGACAGAGACGGAAAAGAAGAAUAAAAAUUUUUCUCAUCUUUCGGAGUUGUGGGUUGAGGGUGCAACAAAUGCUGAUUCGAAGGCUCUUAAUUUUCGUGAAACAAAACUUGGUCAGAUUAUUCAGCCUGGUCUUUCUGCUGCCAUGGAACAUAACGGCUAUGCAGUACAUGUUGUUUGUGUAGACGACAUAAAUGGUUCUAUGGAAGAGGCAGAAUAUAUGAUUUCUUACAGUGGAGCCUGUGUAAAACAGGAGGCUCUAAGAACAGUCAGUGAAUAUAAAGAAAUAAUUGCAAAACUUGAGGAAAAUAUUGAAGAAAAUAAAAAGUCGUUAGAUAUUUUACAAGAAAGUACAAAGGUAGCUGAAAAUGCUGCCUUGACUCUCCAACAAGAGUUUUCACGGAAAUUGAUGGAUUUACAAGAGCGCUCUAAUAAGAUGAAUUCCAGCUUGGAGGAAGAAAAGAUAGAGCAUCAAAAAACAUUUGUAAAUUUUGCAAAAGUCUACGAGCAAAAGUUACUUGAACUAAGAGGAAAUCGUGAGGGUGAAGCUGAAAGAAUACGUAAUUUAGAAAAAAAUGCUCCUUUGCAAGUGACGAUGGAAAUUAAAAAAAUGAAGGAAAAUAUUCUUUUGGAGCAUAAUCAGUAUAUGAAGAAUCUGCAGGAAAGUAUAAACACGGUUACAAAGGAGAUUAAUGCUAUUAAGGAUAGAAUAGAGACGCGCAAAAAUUCACUUGAGCGAAAAAAACUUGAAGAGGUUAACGCAUUGAAACCAAUAAAACCUCUUGAAGAGGAGGUGAUGAAACUACGAAUUGCGUUGAAAGCUUCUUCUGGGAGAAACCGAGAGAGUGGUCUUACCCCAGAUGAAAUAGAAAAAAAUAGGUUGCUUUGGAGUACUCGUGAUGAACUUGAUGACCUGGUGUCUGACUUGGAGCAGUUGGCUGAGGAUUCCCUGCGACUGGAAGGGGUGUUGAAGGUGGGAGCUGGAAGACCAGAGGAUAAGAGCGACUCGGAUGAAUCGCUCGAAAUUGUUCACGAAACAAGGGAGCAAAGAGCUGAAAAGAUGAUGAAAGAAAAAGCUAAAGAAGAGGCAGAACAACGACAAGCUGAAGAGGAGAGAAGGUACAACUUGGAAUGGAAACAUUUUCAAGAAACCAUACGAAGAGAUGCCUUUCUGACGGAUUUGUUAAAUAAAGUUAUAAAUUAUCUCGGGUAUGGAACAAACUGUACGGUAGUCACUCCUGAUGGACUUCAACGGAAAUUUAUUUAUCUACAAAAUGGGAGUACUGAGAUUGGAUUACUCAAACACGAUGUGGAUAAGGGAAAAGUGCCACUUGGGAAAGAUCCAGAAAUUGUGUACCCCAUUUCGAACAUUAAAGCUAUUCACCUUGGCCAGCACUCUACUACGUUCCAAAUGCAUCUUUGCACGAUCAGGGGUAGAACAGACCCUUCUCGUGAAGAUAUUCCUUCUGAUAUGGAAGAAGUAAACAUAGCAAAUAUACAUCGUUAUUAUUAUCGUAGCUUGAGUAUUCAAUUCACAGAAGAAAAAGGUUUUUUAGACUUUAUAGCAGACACUGAAACUGACUUUGAGGGAUGGGUUUCUGCACUUUAUCAAAUUACAGGGAAAAGACCUAUAUGGGGAAAAAGAUUAUUUAUUGACCUGGCACCAGGAUUCGAGAGUCUUUCAUCUUUGGAACGAGACUUUUGUGAGAUUAAUCAUAUCCUCCCGAUGGAAUAUCUUCGAAGUAAAGAAGCUAUACUUGAGAACAACAGACGUUCCCUUGUUACACUCUAUGAUAUUCGAAGAAUUUGUAGAAUUGAUUUACAUCACUCUCAAAAGCUUCAAGAAUGUUGGACAAAGCAGAGGUGGUUGACGCAACGUCACUUGAACUAUUUUAAGUAUCAAGAGUAUGCUGACAAUCUUGCUGAUCAGAGCGAUAAGAGUCUUGAUGAUGAUGAGGAGGAGGAGGAGGAAGAGGAAGAGGAGGAAGAUGAUUAA